AAAUACAUUAUGUUUUGGAGUUAAAAGUAAAAAAUGAAUUGUGGUAGAUCCGUUGCCUGCGCCACUGAAUGACCUACUCGUAACGUAACCUCAAAUGCUCUGCUUAGUUUUUUGGUGUUUUUAACCCUCUAAUGCCGGAUAUCAAGAUAACCCCUUUGGGGGCCGGCCAGGACGUGGGCCGCAGCUGCAUCCUCCUCACAAUGGGGGGCAAAAACAUAAUGUUGGACUGCGGCAUGCACAUGGGGUACAACGACGAGCGCCGCUUCCCCGACUUCUCCUACAUAUCUCAAGAAGGUCCCCUUACCUCCUACAUCGACUGUGUAAUUAUCUCCCAUUUCCAUCUGGACCAUUGCGGGGCUUUGCCCUACAUGUCCGAAAUGGUGGGUUACUCAGGCCCCAUCUACAUGACUCACCCCACUAAAGCUAUCGCCCCCAUUCUCCUGGAAGACAUGCGAAAAGUCUCAGUUGAGAAAAAAGGUGACCAGAAUUUUUUCACGUCCCAAAUGAUCAAAGACUGUAUGAAGAAAGUCAUUGCUGUGACUUUACACCAGUCUUUGAUGGUGGACAACGAGAUUGAAAUUAAAGCGUAUUAUGCGGGACAUGUCCUGGGGGCUGCCAUGUUCUGGAUACGCGUGGGGGCCCAGUCUGUGGUGUACACCGGCGAUUACAACAUGACCCCCGACCGGCAUCUGGGGGCUGCCUGGAUUGAUAAAUGUCGCCCCGAUUUGUUAAUCUCCGAAUCGACAUACGCCACUACCAUUCGAGAUUCGAAACGUUGUCGCGAACGCGACUUUUUGAAAAAAGUCCACGAGUGUAUGGACCGUGGGGGCAAAGUGCUAAUCCCCGUGUUUGCAUUAGGACGUGCCCAAGAACUUUGUAUCCUUCUGGAGACAUACUGGGAACGUAUGAAUCUCAAAGCCCCCGUGUACUUUGCCCUAGGACUCACCGAAAAGGCGAACAACUACUACAAAAUGUUUAUAACUUGGACGAAUCAAAAAAUCCGAAAAACGUUCGUGCAACGUAACAUGUUCGAUUUCAAGCACAUCAAGCCUUUCGACCGUUCGUAUAUUGAUAAUCCGGGCCCCAUGGUGGUUUUCGCCACACCUGGGAUGCUCCACGCGGGGCUGAGCCUCCAAAUCUUCAAAAAGUGGGCCCCCAAUGAGAACAACAUGGUCAUAAUGCCCGGUUUUUGUGUCCAAGGCACCGUGGGCCAUAAAAUUCUGAAUGGGGCGAAACGAGUCGAAUUCGAAAAUAAGCAAAUCGUGGAGGUGAAAAUGUCCGUUGAAUACAUGAGUUUCUCGGCACAUGCUGAUGCCAAAGGCAUCAUGCAACUGAUCCAACAUUGCGAACCUCGAAACGUUAUGCUUGUCCACGGCGAGGCCGAGAAAAUGGAGUUUCUCAAGCAGAAAAUCCUCCAAGAGUUCAGUAUUAACUGCUAUAACCCCGCCAAUGGCGAGACUUGUGUUAUUUCAACACCGGUCAAAAUCCCAAUCGAUGUUUCGUUGCCGCUGCUCAAGUCCGAAGCGAGGAAAUUCAGCGCUUUGCCGCCGGACCCCAAACGGAGGCGCACCCUGCACGGAGUGCUCGUCAUGAAGGAGAACAAUGUGUGUUUGAUGGACGUGGACGACGCGUGUAAGGAGGCUGGGAUUAAUAGGCAUAUAAUUCGGUUUUCGUCAACGGUUCAUUUGAAUGAUACAGGGCCGGCGUUAGCAACGGCCCAUAAAUUACACGGUUUCAUUAAAGAGAAUUUGCCACAAUGGCCGGUGGUGUUCGCCGAAGGCGAGAUUUCAAUCGAGUCGGUUCUGGUCAAGGUUGAAGGCGAUGAGGACGAACAAAAGAACGUCUACGUCUCGUGGACCAAUCAGGACGAGGAUUUGGGCAGUUAUAUAUUGAAUUUGUUGAAUCGAAUGGGACAAUAAUUUAUUUUUGUUGAGA